AUGUCGUUCACCAAAUGGUUUAAAGGAAGCGGAAGUGGAAAGAGCGACCAGGACACCACGACGACGAUCCUCAAGAGAAGCAAGACGAAAACAACAAAGAAGAGAAGCGAAGAGGAAGACUACUACACUCAAGACGACAUGGAGGGCUAUGUCUACGACAACAACUACCACUACCAGCCGGCCCCCGGACUCCAGCCCCAGGGAUAUGGAUAUUCGCAACGGAUGGCGGCAAAGUCCAAGAAGCCGAGACUGGCGGCGCAGGAGGGACACUUCAAUGCUGAGGAAUUGACGCGUCGUCUCCUCGAUGUGCUGGCCGAGCAGAAGGUCCAUGAAGUCAAGAGGCAAAGAAUCAGAGAAGCCAGAGCCGCGGCGGUAGCACAAGAUCCAGCUACUCAGUGGCAGCAACGGCAAGAAGCAGCGAUAUCCUCUUUGAACAGGGCCCCGACAGCAGCUGGCCGGACGACAGGCUUGAGAAAACCAAGCAAGUCGUACGCAGACGCCGAUAUCGAAGCAGCCGCCGAAGAACAAGAAUACCGCCAUGUCCCCACCAACGCAGCCAGGGCGUUGAAACAAACCGCUACCAACAGGGCUAUGCGCGACCAAAACAAGCGAGCGCAAGCCCAGGCCGAACACCGCCGUCGAAGCAGCGAAGUGACUGGUGAAGUCCUGAUAGCUGAACACACGACGGCCCUAGCACGCCAGACUCAGCCCCGACUAGUCCUUAUAGAGAAGAACCGCCUCAAGGGGGAACAAGCGACUGACGAGGCACUAUCAGUGGGCCAAGUCCGCGGGCAAGCAAGUACCGAGAAAGCAAAGAGACGACACACACGUCAACAAGACCAGCAACCAGCGGCGGCAGCAGCGGAGCACAACAAGGAAAACGACGACCUCUCAGCCCUCCCCUCACCAACAACCCAAACCCAAAGCCAGAGCCUCAGCCAAAGAUUCCGAUCCACCCCCUUCAAGAAAUCCCCCUCCCUCUUGAACCUGCGCCAGAAGCUCGGCAUGAACAAUUCCGGGUCCGGCUCAGGAUCAUCCGGCUCCCCCGGCUCGCCAGCGACCGCCAACAGUAGCGGUAGUAGCGGUAGUAGCGGCAAUGGGUUGGAGGCAACGUCACCGCUUACUGCGGCGUCUUCUUGUGGCACUACCGGCGGUGCUGGUGCGGAGAAUCAGCCGCUGACACAGCCACAGUCGGGAUCGGCAAAGAAAAUGGCGACGGGGAAGAGUCAGGAAAAGGAGAAGGAAAAGCCGAAGAUGAAUACCAAGAAGAGUGGCUUCUUUGCUAAGCUUGGGGGGAGUGUCAAGAGGGGGAUGUUUUGA